AUGACAGCUAGGAAAUUGAGACCAUAUUUUCAAUGCCAUCCUAUCUCUGUAGUAACUGCAUAUCCAUUAAGAAGUGUUUUGCAUAAACAAGAAUUGUCAGGCAGACUAGCCAAAUGGGCAAUAGAACUAAGUGAAUAUGACAUUAUUUAUCAACCUAGAACAACAGGAAAAUCUCAAGUUCUAGAAGAUUUCAUCGCAGAUUUUAAUAUAAAAAUAAUUCCUGAAGUAGAAAAGGAAUUACAAAUUUUUACUAAAGCUAAUCCAGGUACGUGGACUUUAUUUACUGAUGGCUCUUCAAACAUCAAAGGAGCUAGUUUAGGUAUUGUCUUAAUCCCACCCUCAGGUGAAAGUAUAAGACAAGCAAUUAAAUGUUACCCUAUUACUAACAAUGAAGCAGAGUAUGAAGAUGUAAUUGUAGGUUUGGAACUAGCACGAGAACUUUCCAUAGAGCAAAUCAUGUUUAAAAGUGACUCUCAACUAGUAGUCAAUCAGAUGCAUGGGACUUACACUUCUAGAGAGCCACGAAUGCAACAAUACUUGGAAAAGGCACGAGAACUGGUCAGGCAAUUCCAAUCAUGGAAAAUCGUGCAAAUACCCAGGGAAGAAAACGUAGAAGCAGACGCAUUGGCUAACCUUGCUUCAGUUGCAGAAUACGGGAUCAUACCUAAAGGGAAGAAAGAAUCUCAAGUGCUUCGACGAAAAGCUGCUCGUUACUGCCUAAUUCGAGAUAAUUUAUAUCGAAAAAUGUUUGGCGGUCCAUUAGCAAGGUGCCUUGGACCCAAUCAAACGGAGUACGUGAUGAGGGAAGUAUAUGAAGGGCAAUGCAGAAAUCACGCAGGUGGAAGAUCUUUAGAUAAAACACUAAUCAGGGAAGGAUACUACUGGCCUAAGAUGGAAGAAGAUGCGGAAAAUUUUGUAGCCAAAUGUGAUAAGUGUCAACGAUAUGCCAACAAUAUGCAUCGACCUGCAGAGUUAUUACAUGCAGUUAUUUCCUCAUGGCUAUUUAUGAAAUGGGGAAUGGAUAUAGUAGGGCCUUUACCACAAGCUAAAGGAAAGGUACGGUACUGA